AUGAACAUAUGCAAGCAGAAUACUGUCCAAGCAACAAACACUUCAUAUAGUGAGGUAGCCGAAGAAUUAAUUUCAGUUACAAAAAUUGCUUUAUACACAAAAAAUUAGUUGAAUUUAGAGAAAAUGAAUUAUAUUAUUUUGAACAAAUUUUUCAAGCCGUUAUGUUUGGAUAUUGCGAGGAUUCAUAUUUAACUUAGAGAAGAAGUAACCAGAUCAGCAUUACUAAAAGCACUGGAUAAAAACGAUAGUGAUCAAAUAUAUGAUGAAUCAAUACUAGGAGUAUAAAAACCAAAUGAAUUAGUACACAUUAAGUGCAAUAUAAAAACACCAAGAGUAAAUCCAAAGUGGCAACAAAUCUGUUAGAAAAAGGUCUAAGGAUAGUAGUUCAGAAAUUUUGUUUGCUAAGCUGAUUUGUAGCAGCUCAAGAAUAUUUCUAUUAAUAUCAAGUACAUGUAGGACAUUUGUCACAGCUAGGAUGGUUACUAGGACAUUUAAAAUUUAUUGCUAUUGCGAAUAUAGUAACAUUAAAAGAUUUUAAUAAAAUAAUUCUGA